CCUUUUAUACCCCGUUAAUGCUCUUUUUCCGUCCAUCUUAAUUAUUUUACCUCAAUACAUUCAAAUUCAAAUAGGAAACACUCGAGUAUGAAGGCACAACUGAAAAUAUGAUUCUAACUAAGCAACCGAAUGACAAAGAAAACCUUGACAAAUAAGAAGUUUGAUCUAAUAACAUAAGCAAGAAGGCUUUUGAUUUGUGAAUGGAACAUUUUCGAAUCAGCUGCAGUUCAGACUCUUACAAUGCCAAAACCACGUGAUUUCAAGAGACUAGAAGUACUCUAUUCCAGCCCUCAUAUUUAGGACUUCUACUUGCCUUCGACAAUGUAUAGAGAAUUUAUUCUUUUGUAUUUUGUGUGGUUUGUCGUUCAGAUCUGCACAGGACAAGAUGUGCGAGAUCUCAUUUGUCCAACUCGAGAUUCGGUAGGAGCCCUGAUCAGCAAGACAGACAUGGCACUCAAAGGACACGUUAGAAAAACCCUGGAGAAAACCACCUUUAUUCAGUGUAGUCUUCGCUGUCUAAAGGACGAUUGGUGUGUCUCGGUCAAUUGUGAAAUCCAAAAGAGAAAGGGAAAGUGUGAGUUGAAUGACUAUGGAGUUGAAGACGAGACAAGCGUAUCGAUAGAGAAAGGAGAAUUUGAGAAGAAAGAAGGGUUUGUAUAUACUCAACUCAGACCAGCUGGGUUUCAAUGUAACGUGGAAGGUUGCCAGAAUGGCGGCUCGUGCAAUGUGGAUUGUAAAAGCUGGAAAUCAAAAUGUCUUUGUGCUAAAGGAUACACAGGAACAAGAUGUGAAUAUGAUAUCAACGAGUGUUCUAGUAAUCCAUGUCUUCACGGUGGAACAUGUACAGAUCAGGUCAAUGGCUACUCGUGUACAUGUGCUGCAGGAUACAAUGGAGCAAACUGUGAAAAUAAUAUCAACGAGUGUUUUAGUAAUCCAUGUCAAAGCGGUGGAACAUGUACAGAUCAGGACAAUGGCUACUCGUGUACAUGUGCUGCAGGAUACAUUGGAAUGAAUUGUGAAAAUAAUAUCAACGAGUGUUUUAGUAAUCCAUGUCAAAACGGUGGAACAUGUACAGAUCAGGUCAAUGGCUACUCGUGUACAUGUGCUGCAGGAUACAAUGGAACAAACUGUGAAAAUAAUAUCAACGAGUGUUCAAGUAAUCCAUGUCUUCACGGUGGAAUAUGUACAGAUCAAGUCAAUGGCUACUCGUGUAUCUGUGCUGCAGGAUAUGAUGGAGCACAUUGUGAAAACAGACGUGUUUGUGAACUAUACUUCCCCCRUGCAGAUACGAGUAGCUACACGACGGGCACUUGGUCAGCAUCCUCUUCCAUUGAUGAGUUCACUGUAUCAUUUUGGCUCAGAGUGCCUUCAAGCUGCACAAAGGAACUAGUUGUCUUUUCGUACUGGACGUCAUCAAUUCCGAUGGCCUUAAUUGUAAAUAUAAAGGAGCAUGCAACCGUUCAUACAAAUACGGAAAUCGAAGUUAUGGGUGACAAAAAGACAGUGAGAUCAUUUUUUAAGCGUGACAGCACCUGGCAACACUGUUGCGUGACCUGGGAUCGAAACGUACCUAGGAAACCGGGUCAGGUUAUUUUCUACCGUAAUGGAGCUGAAACCGACAGAGAUAAAGAUUUAAGUAAAAACCGUGGCAUCAGUACUGGAGGCAUCUUUGUUAUCGGUCAGUACCAAACAUCUAUUGGAGGAGGUUUUGACGACGGCAAACUCUUGGUUGGUAAAGUGAUAGGUUUAAAUAUCUGGUCACGAGCUUUCACGGCCAACGAAGUUCUUGAUCUUUCCAAAAACUGCACCACCCCACAAGGCGACGUGGUGUCGUGGGACAACAUUGUCUCCAGCCAGUUACAUGGAUCAGUACAGAAAACAUACCCAUCAAGUUGCUCGCCUUGAAGUAAGACUUUGAUUAUAUCGGCCAUCUUUGUUUAGGAUACUACCACAGAAAGCCCAAGCUUUUUUUUUGUGUCACUGUACUAUAGUUUAAAUGUAUGUGGCUGGCAAGUAAACCAGAUAUUUAGAAUAUUUUGUUUUUAUGUUUUGAGGCGUUGUUAGCAUUGUUAGCAUGUUUUCAUAUUAAAAAGGGUCAUUUAAUCUCUUACAAUUUCGAGCAACUUUUUCAAUUACUGGAAACUUUUUUCCAUAUAAGCAACUUUUUUAACAUUGAGCAAAUAUUACUCUCUUAUUUUCCUCGAGUUCUAGCAAAUUAGUAAGCCCAAUAACAGAAUAUAAGUUGUUUUCUUGUCGUUCAAAGUUUCAAAAAUAGCUAAUUUGUACAAUUUAAACAUUGGUUACCUGUGGUAAUCUAUGCAUGCGAUCAGAAAGUCAGCGGUUUUACUGUUAAAACAAAAUGGCGGAUACAUGUUCCAGUGAUUCGGAAGAAG